CCCGCCGGGGGCUGUGUGGAGCCGCGGACGCGCCGGCUUUGAGCGUCCCAGGUCGCCUGGGCGGGAGGCGCUGGGGCUGCGGCGGCGGCGGCGGCGGCGCGGCUCGGGCCCCUCGACAUGGCCAGCUCCGCAGAGGACCUCUCCAGUGAUGGCGACUCGCCCCCUGCGGCCGCCGCGAUGGCGGGCAGUGCCCACCUGCUGGGCUUCUCCGACGAGAUCCUCCUGCACAUCCUGAGCCACGUCCCCAGCACGGACUUGGUGGUGAACGUGCGGCACACGUGCCGGAAGCUCGCGGAGCUGUGCCUGGACAAGAGCCUCACCCACACGGUGCUGCUGCAGAAGGACUACGAGGCCAGCGAGGACCAGGUGAAGCAGCUCGUGAGGGCGAUCGGCCGGGAGAUCCAGCAGCUCAACAUGGCCGGCUGCUACUGGCUGUCGGGCGCCACCAUCGAGCACGUGGCCCGCUGCCGCGGCCUGGUGAGGGCGGACCUGUCGGGCUGCCACCUCACCUCCCUGCGCCUCUCCAAGGUGCUGUCGGCCCUGCAGCACCUGCGCUCCCUGGCCAUCGACGUGAGCCCCGGCUUCGACGCCGGCCAGCUGAGCGGCGAGUGCAAGGCCACGCUGAGCCGCGUGCGGGAGCUCAGGCAGACGCUGUUCACCCCGUCGUACGGCGUGGUGCCCUGCUGCACCAGCCUCGAGAAGCUGCUGCUCUACUUCGAGAUCCUGGACCGCACGCGCGAGGGCGCCAUCCUGUCGGGCCAGCUCAUGGUGGGCCAGAGCAACGUGCCCCACUACCAGAACCUGCGCGUCCUCUACGCCCGCCUGGCGCCCGGCUACAUCAACCAGGAGGUGGUGCGGCUCUACCUGGCCGUGCUCAGCGACCGCACCCCCGAGAACCUGCACGCCUUCCUCAUCUCCGUGCCCGGCAGCUUCGCCGAGAGCGGCGCCACCAGGAACCUCCUGGACUCCAUGGCCCGCAACGUCGUGCUGGACGCCCUGCAGCUGCCCAAGUCCUGGCUCAACGGCUCGGCCCUGCUCCAGCACAUGAAGUUCAGCAACCCCUUCUACCUCAGCUUCAGCCGGUGCGCCCUGUCGGGCAGCCACCUGCUCCAGCACCUCCUCAACGGGGGCAAGGACCUGCGCAGCCUGGCCAGCCUGAACCUCAGCGGCUGCGCCCACUGCCUGGCCCCCGACUCCCUGCUGCGCCGGGCGGAGGACGACAUCGACAGCGGCAUCCUGGAGACGCUGGUGGCGGCCUGCGGCAACCUGCGGCACCUCAACCUGUCGGCCGCCCACCACCACAGCGCCGAGGGCCCCGGCCGGCACCUGUGCCAGCUGCUGGCCCGGCUGAGCCACCUGCGCUCCCUGUCCCUGCCCGUCUGCUCUGUGGCCGACUCGGCGCCACGGGCCGACCGCAAGCCCGCCCAGCCCGCCAUGCACGCCGUGCCCUGCGGCUUCGGCAAGAAGGUGCGCAUCGGCGUGCAGGCGUGUCCCAGCCCCUUCUCGGGGCAGGCGGGCCCCCAGCCUUCCUCCGUGUUCUGGUCUCUGGUGAGGAGCCUGCCCUUCCUGGAGCGCCUCGAGCUGAUCGGGUCCAACUUCUCCUCCGCCAUGCCCCGCAACGAGCCCGCCAUCCGCAACUCCCUCCCGCCCUGCAGCCGGGCGCAGAGCGUGGGGGACGCGGAGGUGGCUGCCAUCGGCCAGCUGGCCUUCCUGAGGCACCUGACGCUGGCCCAGCUGCCCAGCAUUCUCACGGGCUCCGGGCUGGUCAGCAUCGGCCUGCAGUGCCAGCAGCUCCAGUCCCUCUCGCUGGCCCACCUGGGCAUGAUGGGGAAGGUGGUGUACAUGUCCGCCCUGUCCGACAUGCUGAAGCACUGCAAGCGGCUGAAGGACCUCAGGCUGGAGCAGCCCUACUUCAGCGCCAACACGCAGUUCUUCCAGGCGCUGAGCCAGUGCUCCGCGCUGCAGCGCCUGUGCCUGGUGUCCCGCAGCGGCACCCUGCAGCCCGAGGCCGUGCUGGCCUUCAUGGCCCGCUGCCUGCACGUCGUCGUGUGCCACAUGUUCACCGGGGAGUCCCUGGCCACCUGCAAGAGCCUGCAGCAGACCCUCCUCCGCAGUUUCCAGGCCGAGCGGCCCGCGCUGAACGUCGUCAUCUUCCCCCUGCUGCACGAGGGCCUGACGGACGUCAUCCGGGACGUCCCCAUGGUGCACCUGGACGAGAUCACCUUGUUUAAGAGCCGAGUGGCCGAGGAGCCGCCCAACCUGUGGUGGUGACGGGGACGGCCGGUCUCCCGCGCUGCUGUGGUUUCUGUGGCCGAGGACGCGCGCGGGACUGCUCGGCGGGCGUGUGGCCUCCGCGUCUGCCCGGGCCGCACGUGCUCGCUGCCUGUCCGCAGGCCCCGGACCCUUGGGCGGGCACAGAGGAGGCAGCCCCGCCGCCCGUACCGCCGGCCCCGGGAGGACUCCUCAGUGGACGCUGUGACUGAGCAGAGGCGGGAAGAGCCUGCGGCAGCGACGCAGGCCUGGCCGGAGCGGAGGUUUUCCAGCUGAGACACGAAUGCGGCGCCCUGAUGUCUUGGGGCUCUGACCAGGUCCCAGUGCUGCCCCCUCACUUCAGCCCCCAAGUGUCCCUCCGCUCACACGUUCCUGGUCCCCUGCCUAUGUGGAGGGGUGGCCUGGGGCCCACCCCAACAAGCCCGCCCUCGGGUCCCCUGUGAGCGGGGAGCAGGGAGCCCGCAGGGAGGGGCUGCAGGUGUGGGCGCUCCUGCCCAGGAAGACGUGUCUCACCCCCCAGUGUCCAGAGCGUUUCAGCCAGGUGACGUCACCGGGGGCGGGGCCGGGGGGCAGGGUCCCCGGGGCCGGGGUGCUGGGCGGGCCAGGGGAAGGCCUCCCAGGCGGCAUUCAGACGGCAGUUCCCGGGGCCUGUGGUUCUGGGGAAACGGGUGGCUGUGGCUUCAUUAGGAGGUGAGGACGAUCGCAUCACUCACGGCAGCCGCUUCACGCAGCACUUUAACCAGCUCCACGCGCUGUUCCAAACACGCGGCCGGCCUGCCGUGUGCGGGCUCCUGUGCCCGCCGCCCUCCGCCUUCUCCACCGCGAGACCUCCGACUGGGUAUCGCUGGGCGGGGCGGCUCCCCGAGCUGGGCUUGACUCACCCCACCUCCCUCUCCCUCUGGGCUGGGGGUGCAGAGCCUACAAGGCCCUGCCCGCACCCCACUGCCCAUCCUGGCCCUCAGCUCAGCUGUCUUCCCACUCCGUUUCCGUGGUGAUAGCCACCCCCUUCCGUGUUGUGCGUCCUGAGGUUUAGCUGCUGCUAAAGGACUGGGGACCUGGCCCCUUGGUACCAUCCCAGGCCCUUUCCUGGGGUCCCGAAGGGCAAACAGCUCAGCCCCACCCGCCAGGCAAGGGUCCAGGGGGCCUUGCAGUGGUGGGGGCUGCGGGAGGCCGCGGGCCGGCCCGGGGCGCACAGGCCUCCGCCAGUCUUCCUCGGUCCCAGCAGCUCCGGCAGUCUGCCUGCCCUCAGCAGGCCCCCCAGGCCUGCAGCCUCACGUCCGGGUCCUGACCCAGCCACCCAGCCCGGGAGCAGCACCCCGGCCCUGUCUCUUCCUGGCCGCCUCAUCCUCUGCAGUAGAUGAAGGUCUGGGGGGGCACCCCUCCCCAAUUUCUGGGAUUCCUUUUAGGUGGCCCUAGAGGCCACCCUGCGAGGAUGGCCAGGUGUAUGGGCACAGCCCAGGAGGAGGGCAGGUGGCCUGGCGCUCUGGGACCCCGCGGGCCAGGUCCCCCUUUCAUCCAGAGCCCGGACUCGGGUCCCGAGCUGUGGCUGUGUGCCUGCCCCCCGCCUUCCCUGGGUGGCGUUCUCACGAGCAGGCACUUUUUACCCAGUGGCAUCGUCUAUGCCGACAGAUGCCGGGAGGGGCCGCUCCCGGGGGGUGGGGCGCUGCCUGGGGGAGCGGGAGGCCAGGGCUGUGUCCCCUGCACCGAGGAGGCCUCGCCAGAUGCUGAGGACGCGCUUGUCCCCGCUGAGUGCUGCUGUGGCACCGGAGUUAAUUGCAGUUUCUGUUCUGCAGCCUUUUCCGCCGGGAAGGAACCACCCUAAUGGUCCCCCAUUGGCAGGGCCGGGCUGUUCGGCAGCGGGCCAUAUGCUGCCUGGUCAGCACCGGCGUGUGUGCGUGCGUGUCUGUGCAUACACCUGUAUGUGUAGUCCACAGUCAUGUGUGCAUGGCGUGUGCGUGCAUAUGGGUCCCCAGCCUUUGUGUAUGAUCAAGUGUCUGCAUGUAUGCACACUCGUGUGCACGGUACGUGUGUGAGCGAGAGGAGAGGGAGGAAGGCGGGUCUGGCAUUUAUCCCUUUGUUAAAGGGAGCCCACACCCCAAGGCCACCUCCUGCCACAGGCCUGCAGGCGCUCCUGAGGGACGCAGAGGGCCCCCCACCCCCUCUUCACGUCAGUGUAUCUGUUCCAGCCCCAGGAGGCCGACUGCGGACACCCCUUCAUACAGCGGGAUUCCUCCCUGCCUCUCGGCUGCCCUUCCCAGGGCAGGAGGGGCAGGCCCUGGGCCCUCUGCUCCAGGCUCCGAGGGUCAGCGGGCGCCCUGGCUGGGGAGGCGCAGCUCGGCAGGCCGGACGCAGGGCCACACUCCCUAAUCCCCGAGGGUCAGAGGAGGCUGGGCUGGAAAGGCUGGGGAGGAGUGGGCUGGGGGUCUGAACCGGUGCCUCAGCCCUGAUGGGUCCAGGCCUGGAGGCCUGCCCUGAUGGCCCCUCGGGGUGCUGGGGCGCCGCAGCCUCCCGCUGCCCGGGCCCUGCUGCCGGCUCCGUGAGGGUGGAGGGUGCGGAGACCUUGUAAGAAAGAAGUCCGUGGGCGAGGGCGCGUGGCCGUUGGCAGGGCCCAGCGGGUUCAGCCUGAGAGCGGGAGGUGCGGGAGCUGUGGGUGGGGACGUGGGCACCCACACUUCUGGCCUUGCCCGAGCCCUCCAGGAAAGGGAGGGACUGAGGAGGGGCCGGGGCCCCCUCCGAUGGCCACCAGGCCUCUUUGCAUUGGGGUUCUAACGAAGUGUCCGGGUCCACUGGGCGCGAUGAACAAGUACCCACAGCCACUUAAAACAAAAACCAGCUGUGGGCCCGACAGGCCACGUGUCCUCUAAACGAGCCGCUCCCCACGGCUCUCCACCUCUCAAGUGUGGGGCUUGGCGACAUGUCAUAGGGCAGGGCCCCUGCGGCCCCCCAGGCCCCGUGGACUCGGUCACGGAGCUGAGGCCAGGGCCUGGCAGGGUGGGUCGAGGGAGGGGGUGCUGCUGUGCUGACCCUGGCAAGGCAGCAGCUGCCACGUCCUUAACGGGGAGCCGCACCCCUGCUGUGCUCACCUGCGGCGGGCGCAUCUGCACAGGCGGGCCUCGCACACCCUGCAGGCCUCGGGCAUUGCCAGCCCUGGCACAGCCGUGCCUCCGACCACUGCCCGUCAGAGCGUGACUCUGACCAGAACAGGUGAGCCAGCGAGUCCCUGAGGGGCUGGGUUGGCUGCGGGGUCCCGCGGUGUGUGUGACCAGGUGCUAAAUGACGACUACGUGUCGCCUGCCUGUCGGUGACAGACUGUCCGUCUGGUGAUGCCCGCUCCUGAGUUCGUGUUUAAACUACGUUUUGGUAUUUUCACGUACAUUUGUGGCAUGUGGACGUUUCCAAUAAAGUGGACUUGAU